AUGACCACGCCGGAUGGGCUGGCGGAGCGGCAGACUGAUGUGGUGAUGAAUCAGGCUGUUCGAUCUGCAGAUGAGCCGGAGGCGCCUACAACGUCCAAUGCCCCUGCCAUUGGGAACGAAUCUGAGCCCCAGCAGGAGCGAUCACAGGGAUUGUCUACGACUGGUGCCCUGGACGGAGACUAUGGCGAGGGAAGUGCAGCGCAGGCAGCAGUGGUUGGAGGAACUCGUGCAAUGGAGUUCCUCACCCCGAGAUCCGCUAUGACUACAGUAACGGCCACCCAGAACAACUGGAUGGGAGGAUUGGAGGUACCACGCUGGGUGACUCGACUGGGGAGCUAUCUGGCACAAGGUCUCCCACUCGAACAACGCGGCCGGUACCGCCGCCUACACCUCCGAGUUCGGAUAUCUCAGCUGAAGCAAUACAAGCAGAGGUACAGCGACAACUGGGUGGGCACGGUUCUACAGUACCAGUAUGGGAUCCUCUCGGAGGUGCUCCAGGCUUUACAGGGCAGGGCAGCUUAUGGGGACAAGGUCACUUCUGGGCCAGAGACCAAGGAGCGAGACGCCACCGCCGAGGACAUCUUCGCCUGGAGCUCUCGGGGAUUCUCCGGCUAUGAACGUGCGGAGACGGCGAUGAAGUUCCAGGAUUGGCUGGAACUGACCACGGCAGUGAUGUGUGAUGUUAGCGAGCAGAGCGGUAGCUGGUGGCGACGAGUCCUUCAAGAAGUUGAGGGCACCUACAGACAAUGGCUGGGGAGUACGCCGCUUGAGCGCCUGAGUGUUCAGCCCGCCGGUGAAGAGUUGUCUGCAGAGCGAUGGCUGAGACUGAAUGCCAGGGUGUCGGCGAUGCUGCUGGGUGCAAUGUCGCCGGAACAACAAGCAGAGAUGGUUUCGCAUCGCAUUUCCACCAGCGCUGUCAAGAUGUUAUACAGACUACAUACGCUGUACCAACCAGGAGGUAGUCACGAGCGAGAAGAUGUAUUGAGGAAAUUGCAGAGCCCAGCCGAUAACCUUGCCAGCAAUACUUUACCAGAGGUACUCCGGUCUUGGCCGCGAUGGAUUGCGAGGUGCGCUUCGCUACAAAUGGUGCCUCCGGACUCUUCAGUGUUGGCACGAGGGUUGAAGUUGUUAACCUCAACCCACCUGGAGCAGUCCCAGGACGCGGCUUUCCGGACGGCGAUGGUGAGAACAAGCUUGAGGCUGGAUGGACAGCCCCGUAUGGAGGAUGUGUAUGCCUACCAGCGGCACUUACAGGCGGAGAUCGAGAACCUACUGGCCAGUCGUCCCGCUGCCACUACAGCAGCGGCCCAAGAGCAGCCAAGGCUGCGAGCCUUGGAGCGACCUACAGCAGCGCGUGAGCGUGAACGGGAGAAGGGCAAGGAUAAGGACAAGGGGUCUCCGACUUCUGAGCUGUGUCGGUACUUCCUGAAACCCUCAGGAUGCAAACGGGGCGCGAAGUGCACCUAUAGCCAUAGCAUGGCCACCUUGGACCGCGAAACUAGGAACAAGAAGUGCCUACUUUGCGGAGCAGAAGGGCAUCGACAGAGGGAUUGCACAGUGGGCAAGAGUACCAGAUCUACAACAACUCCUAGUUCCCCAGCUAAUAGGGACCAGAGACCUCAGAGAACGACGUCCACAGGAACUUCUUCGGUGACAACAGCCACGCCGAGCUCGACCUUGGAUAGUACCUCAACGGCAUCAGUGAAUUCUGUGCAGGGUGUACCGUGGACCCUGGAGAAUCUUAUCCAAGCCGCCCAACAGGUGGUGCAGAACCAAGGUUCCACGGCCAGUGGGGACAGUUCACCGGAGAAGACUAAGCCUGAGCUGAGGACAAUGAGGGUGCAGGAUGUGAGGAUCUGCAGCGUCCGAUCCUCGUCAGCGGCUCUCCUGGAUUCUGGCGCCACCCAUUGUUUACGCAAUGCCUACGACUAUGAUGAGUGGAAUAGCAGUGAGAGCGUACUCGUCCACCUCGCGGGCAAUAACCAGCUGGUGAUGAAGCUCUCAGAAUCAGGUUCUUUGCUUAUGCCUCCCAGGUCCUCAGCAACCACGUCAACCACAGAAGCAACAGCAGGCCAAACAAUAGUUCCAAUGGGUGAACUGGUCCGAACCUUGGGGUACACGCUGAUUUGGGGUCCAGGAGAGUGCUGCCUAGAAGACGCAGAGGGCACAAGGACUUCCUUGAAUGUGUCGACUGGCUGUCCCCAAUUGUGCGAAGCCGCGGCUUUAGCUCUGAUAGCGAAGCUAGAGGACAAGAAGCGCGAGCGCCUGGAAAACGAGACCAUGACCACCUUGGAUGCAGUGAGCCUGGCAGCAAUGACAAUGGACAAAAGUUGGUGGGACUACGUGAGGGACUAUGUGGACACGGGGUCGCAUGAGGCAGCCCUUGGAGGACUUCGUGACGCACCUUUUCUACAAGGGAUGCCAGGUGAAUGCUUAAAUGGAAUGGUGCAGGAGGGCGUUUGUGAGCGUGGAUGGGAUGUGAUGAAGAAGGUCGACUUUCUCAGCCGACCUCAGAAGCGGCGUUUGUGGACGGCAAAGAGGUGGAUCGUUCAUCUCUAUGCGGGAGCGGUUGGCCACUACAAGAUGUUCCAGCUUGAUGAGGGCGACACGGUGGUGAUUGAGUUGGAUCUGGAGCGGAACAAGGCCCACGACAUACAGAGAGACCCCACAUGGCGGAUGUUGAUGUGGGGAGCACUGACGGGAAAGAUUGAAGCAGUAGUCGGUGGACCUCCAGGUCGCAGUGGACUCCCACGAUGGGAUCAGAAGGCUACAAAGAAGGAUGUGAGGAACUUGGCCCUGGUUGCGCGGAUGUUGUGGCUUUAUGUGGUCGCCGAAGCGGCAAGGACUACGAGCUCAGCGGCCCCUCUCAAUCGCCAAAGGCCGGUGGCCUUCAUGGUGGAGCACCCUGCGGAGGAGAACUGGGUUGAUGGUUGUACCUCAACAACAUCGCUCUGGUCAACCCCCACAUGGAGGACUUUUGCGCAGGAGAUGGGCAUGACUUCGGUGACCUUUGAUCAAAGUGCUAUGGGAGCUACAACCACAAGUACUACAACCCUAGGAACAAAUAUCUACUACCUGAUGGGCCUGGACGCCAUGCGGAAGGAGAGCGCAGACGAUGAAGCCUGUGCAAAGUCCGUGGUUAGUACCUGGUCGUGUUAG